AAUGCUGGACUGGAUUCUGAACCCAGGGUGAAGGCUGGUCUGGAGUCAGGGUCUGAAAGAAAUGCUGGCCUGGAUUCUGAACCCAGGGUGAAGGCUGGUCUGGAGUCAGGGUCUGACAUAAAUGCUGGCCUGGAUUCUGCACCCAGGGGGAAAGCAGGACUGGAGUCUGGUGAGAAUUGGAUUCCAGAAGAUGUGGCUCAAUGGCUGGAUCACAUUGGAGUGUCCAACGAGCCCGAGCAUGACGGAGGUCUCUCUUUGUACCAUAGUUUCCCAGGAGUCUUUGCACUGGAGGACGUCGUACAGUGCCCCCCAGAAACAGUCCCCUUCUCUAUCAACAAUGACCCCACCUCAAUGACCACUCAUCCACUGUCAGUGUCCAUCCAUCCCACCCAUCGCACCUCCACACCUGCCAGGGAACCAGGUGAUGCAGCCUUGGCGUUUGUGUCCCACCCCUGUGUGAGCGCCAUGCGAGGAGAGGAGGAGGAGGGCGGGAAUCUUCUCUCAAGCACCAUACAAGAACAAACCAGCUACGGAGGAGGAGGAGAGGGAGGAUGGGGGCCUCAGAGUGACAACCUGAACCCCAUGCAGCCCUCCCAGGUGGCCUCCCCACCCCUGCUGCAGCAGCCGCCCAGCAGUACAGACUGUAGCGGCGCCCCCACCUCAGACAGCCAACUACCACCUUACCCCCUUACCUUCCCUCACCGCCCACUAGCUCACCCCCAGUUCCCCCAGUUGCGCUGGGCUCGGCAGGAGCCUCAGGGGCAGGAGCAGCAGGCUGACGGUGGCUCCGUGGAGAAACAUGGACCCCCCCAGCCCCCUCUCCCUCAUCCCCAACCCUCCCUCCAGCCCAGUUUAGAGGAGCUGCCGAGCUAUGAGCAGGCCAAGGCCCAGACCCAGGGACAACACCACUACCAGGACCAGCUGUAUUAUACACUGGAGGACCAGGAGAGCCUGCCUAGCCCCUCUCACACCCCAGACAGCCAGCUCUCAGCCUGGACCAGCUUAGCUCCUAACAGCUCCUCUGAGACCUCUAGCCCUGACACCAACACUGACCCCUCUCCUUUCCCCAGCCCCAGCCCACCCCUGGGCCCUCAGCAAGGCUUUAUGAGUGAUGGGGAUGAGGCUGAGGGUUUGUCUAUCUGGGGUGGAGGGGCCAAUGGAGACUCUGCUCUGAGGGAACUGAAGCAGGGUCAUGUGUAUUCCCUCAGCCAGAGGAUCCUCCAAAUCAGCAUUGAGACCAAUGGAACUAGUAACCUUCCCUCUAGCAACCCCUCCCCCAGUUACUCCCCACCCCUAAACACAACCCCACUCACAGGAUCAGUAGACCCCCGCGGACCCCCACCAGAGUACCCCUUCAAGCCCACUCAGCCGCCCUCCUGCUCCCCCUUAGGGAAACCCCAGCCCCCCUCCUCUCAUUCUGAGCUGGGCCCUCCCUUCAUUGACUCCCCCUCUUCCACAAUAAUGGACUGGUCCAUAGUCCAGCCAACCAGAGCUGAGAGCAACCCCCCACCUGAGUACCAGAGCAGGCGACACCACCCCGGGGCCCUAGGGGGUCCCUCAGUCCAGUACCACCACAGUCCCACACCCUCCCAGACCCACACCUCCGCCCUUCUCCCCAACAUCCAGGCCCAGACUUCUACCCGUGUCUCUCAGCUCCAACCUCAGCCUCAACAACCUUCCCCAGGCCCCUCCGGUGUGGAGGUGGUCAUGGCAGCCAAGGUGCAGCAGAUGGUCCAGCUGCUGUGUGAGGAGAACCAGACUCUGAGACACGAGCUGCUGACACACAGAGAGAAGGCCUCCAAACUGCACUGGUUAGAGGAGGAGCUCCAGAGGAUCUCUGAAGAGUAUGAUUGGCUGAUGAAGAGCUCGUCAAAGAGGGAGGGACUGGACCGAACCAUGAGAUGCAAACUGGAGGGGGAGAUUAGACGCCUGACUGUCUUCAACAGAGACCUGAGAGAUCGUCUGGAGACUGCCAAUCAACAGCUAGCGUGCUGUGAGCCAGAAGGAGAGGAGGAUGGACAUGCUGCUGAGCUUAGGGAUGGACUGAUAGAGAAAGAGCGUUUGGAGGAAGAGGUGGAGAAGCAGCAGCGGAGGGCAGAGCGACUGGAGUCAGCUCUGAGCAGCGCCCAGCAGAGAGCACUACACUUAGAGGAGGAGCUGCGUGUGAAGUGUGUGUAUGCGGCACGUGUGGAAGGGUUGCAGCAUGCUGUGGUGCAGUUGCAGACGGCGUGUGAGAAGAGAGAGCAGCUUGAGAGACGCCUGCGCACACGGCUGGAGAGAGAGCUACACACACUGCGCACGCAACAGAGAGUGUGUGGGGGUGUGCUUGGGACCACUGGGCCAGGUGGGGGUGGGGGUGUAGGGGAGGGCAGUGCCCAUGCUCUGAGGGAGCUGCUGAGGCAGAGGGAGGAGAGGGUUCUGGCUCUAGAGGCUGACUCUACCCGUUGGGAACAGAAGUACCUGCAGGAGAACGCCAUGAGACACUUUAACAUGGAGACUGCUGCUACAGCCAACACACACAGGGACCCCUUGGUGGUGCACUCUCGCAGUGGUAGCUACAGUGAGAUGACGGGCUGCACACUGUGUCAGGAGGAUGAUGUACAGCAGGCUACCAGACGCUGCAAUGACAUGGAGCACAGGAUAAGGAACCUGUAUGCCCAGCUGAUAGAGAAGGAUGCGUUGAUAAAGGUUUUACAGCAACGGAACUCUCGCGGUGACCUCAGCGCCCUCCGCCCUGCCCGCUCCACCCCCUCCAUCUCCUUAGCAACAGGACUGCACCCACGACAAGCUUCUCAGACAGACGAGAGGAAAGAAAGAAACCACCUCCCAUCCCUCCCCUUCCUCUCUUCCCCACCUUCCUCUUUAUCUACCACCUCCUCCCUCCCUUCCACUCUUGCUUUCUCAUCCACCCUCCCCUACUCCACUACACCAUCUUAUUCAUCCACCCUGCCUUUCUCCUCCACCCUGCCUCUCUCCUCCUCCCUUCAAUUCUCUACCCUCCCCCUCUCCCUCCCCUCCACUCCUCUCCUGUCCUCCCAUUCUAAGACGGGUAGUAGAGACAGCAGCACUCAGACUGACAAAGGUUCCGAGUCCCUCAAAGUCCUGCCCCUCCCCAGCAGAGCCUGGCUGGGAUUGGCCAGGACCCAGAGGACAGAUAAGACUAGAGCCCAGCCCCCACACCUACCAGGCACAGACUUAGUGGAGAUCCUUAUCUAAUGGACACGGUGGGGUCUUGUGAAGCUGCUGCUGAACAACUGAGGAUGAAACAAACUAAAGUAACGAUGGCUGACUGAUAGACUAGUUGUGAUGGAAACUGGAGGCUCAUUGGAUGGCAGAAAGAGAGAGAGAGAGAGAUGGGGAAGACCUCUGUCCUGCUCUAAAAGUGUGCCUUUAGUCUGGUAAAGUUAUUUUCAAGUUGUGUGUGUGUUUUUCUUCAGUUAAAUGCAUUUCAGAGGCAAGUUUGCUUUGUUGGAAAGCAUGCAUUUUCGUACAAAUGAACGGUACAGAAAGAUUAGAUUUGUAAAACUUAUUUCUGCUGAGAGUUAAUAUUGAUUUCGUCCACAAAAACAUUUCAAACUUCUUUGAUUUGUAAAUGGAUUUUACUGUGCUGCGUGACAAUGAAUAUAAACAUGUACUCUGUCUC